AUGGAACACCUCCAGUACCAAGAACAGCAGCCUGUGGAGAGCAACACCAGCAUUGUGGUUGGUGAUAGCGUCGGAGGGAAUAAGAGUAGCUUCCUCGGCAGGCAGCCCGGCACAAGGUGGAUCCCCACUGCGGAUCAGAUAAGGAUAUUGAGGGACCUUUACUACAACAUGGGGAUCAGGUCCCCGACCGCCGAGGAGAUCCAGAAGAUCUCCGCGGCACUCCGGAAGUACGGCAAGAUCGAAGGCAAGAAUGUCUUCUACUGGUUCCAGAACCACAAGGCCCGGGAGAGGCACAGGAAAAGGCUCGCUGUGGGCGUUUCCAGCACCGCCAGCCCACCCAGCAACAGCGCCAUCACCACUGUGUCUCCCGGUGCGGAGUGUUGCCUGUCUGGAGCAGGAGAUGGGUCAGGAAUGGAGAGCAGCAUGGGAUGCACGGGAUUAGAGAACACUGAGAUGCCAUGGAUGUACCACUACCCCCCCUCGGAGCACGAAGCAGGAGUUGCGAUGGUGACUCGAGAGAUCGAAACCCUUCCACUCUUUCCCAUCAAACAAGAAGAAGGAGAAGAAGAAGAAAUGGAGCAAGAAGGGGAAUUCGUCACUCGCUCUCAUUUGAACAACUUCAACAGCACCACUACCAGCAACAACCAACGCUUUCCUGCUGACCACCACCACGUCUACGGCAACCACCAGCACGGCCGCCACCACCACAAUGGCGGCAGCGGCGGCGCCACCCACCAGGCGACCUCCUUAGAUCUCUCCCUCAACCCCUACUACUAUCCCGCGGGGUCCACGUGA